AUGAAAGGUUUCAAUUUCGCUUUCCGUCCGCGCUGGACAUGCAGACAAUGUCGCGACCUGGGCUUAAGAAGAGCGCCACCGAAACAUAAUACACAGCAACGAACGUACUCAAGUGGCGGUGGUAGCAAUUAUGGACGUCCCCAGCGCAGGAAGCGCCAGGUUCUGCUUGCUGCGGCGGCAACGGGCACGAUUGGCGCGACGGCGCUGGCGUUUAGUGAUGAUGUGAGGCAUGCGGUGCAGGGGAUGGAGAGGACGGGGAGGGUUAUUACUACGCUUGCUGUUUGUGUUAAUGAUUACCGGACUACGUUGAAUCAGAACGAGAAAGAGGGGGAUGAGGCAGAUAAGGAUCGGACGCUGAAGGCGUGCCAUAAACGGUGUGCGGAGAGGACGUUGAAGGUGCUGGAGAGUAAUGGGAGUAUUUUUAUUAAGUUGGGACAGCAUUUGAGUGCUAUGAAUUACCUCCUUCCUCUGGAAUGGACGACGACUUUUAUACCACUGCAGGACAAAUGCCCUGUCUCGAGUUUCGAAUCGAUAGAAGCUAUGUUUGUGCUUGAUACCGGGGAACAAUUGUCGGAUUAUUUCUCGGAUUUUGAUACUGAGCCUAUAGGUGCUGCGUCUUUGGCUCAAGUACAUCUCGCGACGGUCAAAGAAAGUGGUCAGAAGGUUGCUGUGAAAGUCCAGCAUCCUUCAUUAGCUGAGUGGAUCGGUCUAGAUUUGGUAUUGACUAGAUUCACGUUUUCUACGUUAAAAAGAUUCUUUCCGGAUUAUGACCUGGAAUGGCUCUCUUCGGAAAUGGACUAUUCAUUACCCCAAGAAUUGGAUUUCGUUCUGGAAGGAGAAAACGCAAUGAGGGCAAAGGAGUACUUUUCUCACAUUCCGGAGUUGCCCUUGGUAAUUCCAGACGUCUUGUGGGCCAAGAAAAGGAUAUUAGUCAUGGAAAACGUUUCUGGUCACAGACCAGAUGAUCUGGAGUAUCUAGACGCCAAUGGAAUCGACCGAGACGAGGUAUCUGCAGCCCUAGCACGUAUCUUCAACGAAAUGAUUUUUGGUACCGGAGCCCCUUUACACUGCGAUCCCCACGGCGGAAACAUUGCCAUUCGGAAGAACACCUCUCGACGCGGAGGAAACUUUGACGUAAUCCUCUACGACCACGGUCUCUACCGCGACAUCCCCCUCGAACUCCGGCGCUCGUACGCCAAGCUCUGGCUCGCGGUAAUCGACGCAGACGAGACGCGGAUGCGAAAAUAUGCGAAAGAAGUCGCUAAUAUCGACGACGAGCAAUUCCCGCUUUUCGCAUCUGCUAUCACGGGGCGCGAUUACCGCAUCGUGACUUCCUCCAUUGCGGCAGCGAGGUCUGAGGACGAGAAGAAAAAUAUCAAUGACGCUAUGGGCGAAGGCAUGUUGCAACAGUUGGUGCAGAUGCUUGGACAAGUGCCUCGGAUCAUUCUACUGAUUUUGAAAACGAAUGACUUGACACGGAGUCUGGACGAGAAUCUACACACGAAACAAGGACCAGUACGAACGUUCCUUAUUCUCGCGAGGUAUUGCUCGAGGACUGUAUUCGAGGAGCAGGUUGAGGAGUUGAGGGCAAAGGGGAGCUUGCUGUGGCCUGGGAAUAUGGUUGGGCUAUUGGGGGCAUGGUUGUAUUAUUUUAGGGUUGAAGUGAAACUGGAGAUCUUCGAGGCUUGGUUGAGCGUUAAGAGGGCUGUGGGGGCCGCGUGA